AUGGAAUAUACACAUCAAUAUUCAUGGAUCAUACCUUUUAUUCCAUUUCCAGUUCCUAUGUUAAUAGGAGUGGGACUUCUACUUUUUCCGACAGCAACCAAAUAUCUUCGCCGUAUGUGGGCUUUUCCUAGUAUUUUAUUGUUAACUAUAGUUAUGAUGUUUUCGCUUGAUUUGUCUAUUCAUCAAAUCAAUAAUAGUUCUUUUUAUCAAUAUGUAUGGUCUUGGACCAUAAAUAAUGAUCUUUCUUUAGAGUUUGGGUACUUGAUCGAUUCACUUACUUCUAUUAUGUCAAUAUUAAUUACUACUGUUGGCAUUCUGGUUCUUAUUUAUAGUGAUAAUUAUAUGUCUCAUGAUCAAGGAUAUUUGAGAUUUUUUGCUUAUCUGACUCUUUUUAAUAUUUCAAUGUUGGGAUUAGUUACUAGUUCGAAUUUGAUACAAAUUUAUGUUUUUUGGGAAUUGGUUGGAAUGUGUUCUUAUUUAUUAAUAGGCUUUUGGUUCACACGUCCUAUUGCGGCAAAUGCUUGUCAAAAAGCAUUUGUAACUAAUCGUGUCGGGGAUUUUGGUUUAUUAUUGGGAAUUUUAGGUCUUUAUUGGAUAACGGGUAGUUUGGAAUUUCGGGAUUUGUUUCAAAUAAUAAAUAACUUGAUUUAUAAAAAUGAAGUUAAUAUUUUUUUUCUUACUUUGGUUGCCCUCUUGCUAUUUUGUGGCUCAGUCGCUAAAUCCGCCCAAUUUCCUCUUCAUGUAUGGCUACCAGAUGCUAUGGAAGGGCCUACUCCAAUUUCCGCCCUUAUACAUGCUGCUACUAUGGUAGCCGCGGGAAUUUUUCUUGUAGCUCGACUUCUUCCUCUUUUCAUAGUUCUACCUGCAAUAAUGAACGGAAUAGCUUUUAUAGGUAUAAUAACGGUAGUAUUAGGAGCUACCUUAGCUAUUGCUCAACAAGAUAUUAAGAAAAAUUUGGCUUAUUCCACAAUGUCUCAAUUGGGUUAUAUGAUGUUAGCUCUCGGUAUGGGAUCUUAUCGAGCCGCUUUAUUUCAUUUGAUUACUCAUGCUUAUUCAAAAGCAUUGUUGUUUUUAGGAUCUGGAUCCAUUAUUCAUUCAAUGGAAGCUCUUGUCGGAUAUUCUCCAGCUAAAAGUCAAAAUAUGGUUCUUAUGGGCGGUUUAACAAAACAUGUACCAAUUACAAAAACUUCUUUUUUAGUGGGUACGCUUUCUCUUUGCGGUAUUCCACCUUUUGCCUGUUUUUGGUCUAAGGAUGAGAUUCUUAAUGAUAGUUGGUUGUAUUCACCCAUUUUUGCAAUAAUAGCUUGUUGUACAGCAGGAUUAACUGCAUUUUAUAUGUUUCGGAUCUAUUUACUUGUUUUUGAAGGAUAUUUAAACGUUCAUUUUUUAAAUUUCAAUGGAAAAAAAAAUAGUUCAUUCUAUUCAAUAUCUUUAUGGGGGAAGAAAGAAGUAAAACAGAAAUUAAAAAACAAAAAUUUUUUCUUAGCUUUACUAAGAAUGAAAAAUAAUGAAAUGACUUCCUUUUUUAUCCGGAAGAUAUAUCCACAUCGCAUUAAUCAAAAUGUAAAAAACAUAACUUGUCUUUUUUUUGAUAUUAAUUAUUUUGGCACUAAAAAAACUGCUUGUUUAUAUCCAAAUGAAUCGGACAAUACUAUGCGAUUUUCUAUCCUUGUUUUAGUGCUCUUUACUUUAUUCGUUGGGACCAUAGGAAUUUCUUUCAGCUACAAAGGAAUAGAUUUUGAUAUAUUAUCAAAAUGGUUAAUUCCCUUUAUAGACCUUUUACAUAAAAAUUCAAAAAAUUUUGUGGAUUGGUAUGAAUUUUUGACCAACGCAGCUUUUUCGGUGAUUCUUACUUUUUUAGGAAUAUUUAUAGCGUCUUUUUUUUACAAACCUGUUUAUUCAGAUUUACAAAAUUUGAAUUUAUUAAAUUUAUUUGAAAAAAAUGUUCUUAAUAAAAAAGUUGCUGAUUAUUUUCAAAAUGUCAUAUAUGAUUGGUCGUAUAAUCGUGGUUAUAUAGAUGUUUUUUAUGAUAUAUCUUUAAUUACGAGUGUAAGAAAAUUAGUAAAAUUCAAUUAUUUUUUUGAUAAAAAAAUAAUUGAUGCAAUUCCGAAUGGAAUAGGUAUUACAAGUUUUUUUAUGGGAGAGGCCAUCAAAUAUGUAGGAGGCGGGCGAAUUUCUUCAUAUAUUUUAUUGUAUAUAUUCUAUAUAGUAAUCUUUAUACUAAUUUGGUAUUUUUUAUUUACUAAUAUUUAA